AUGCCAAUUGCGCAACAAUCAAAAUUUGCAUGCCUGAAAAUUUAUGAUGAUACGUCGUCGAGCGAAGAUGAGGGAAAAAGAAUUAUGAAUAUUGGGCAGGAAAAGAAGGGUUCUCAGAAAAGUGCGGGUAAAAAGGCAGCAAAAAAAGGGGAAAAUAAUGGUCCUUUGCUGGUCCACGUUUUACCCCAAAAACCAAAAAAUCGGGGGAAGAAACACAAGAAGAUGCCACAAGUUGUUGAUGAGACGGGUAUAGUAAUUCAAGAUCCAGACCUUGACCCUGCUGAAAUGAAGUACCGGGAAGAACUGCGAAAAGCGCUGAAAGAAAGUUGUGAAACUUCGUCUGUAAAAGCACAAAGAAGUACAGAAACUGUCACUGCACGUCCAAAGGUUGAGAAAGUUGAAAAGGUUGAAGAGCAACAAGAAACGAAGAGGAGCCCUGCGGAAUGUGCAGUUAUGGAAAUUGAUAAGGAAGCAAAGAAGCUGUUAGCUGGAACAUCUAAAAAUCCUGAGUCCGUAGUACGGUUGUAUCGGAGUAAGCUACUCGCAGUUCUGGAAGAAAACUCUCGGCUUAAUGAAGAAUUGUCAAAGGCUCAAGCCAAUGUUAUGAAAUAUCGGAGUCGCUACACUAAGCUUUGCGAAAUACUGAAAGACGUUGAAAUAAACGAAAAAGCACAGCUUGUUGCUCAGCUGGAGAAGGCGCGGCAAGUUGAGACUGAAAUGGGCAAUCAGAUAGGGACUUUACGAGGUGAACUGAUGCAAGCAACCUCGAAAAACAGAGAAUUUGAAGCAAAAAUAAAGGAACUUACAAAACGGUAG